AUCUUGUCUAAUUUCUUGACGUUUUAUGUCACGUAGAUUUUCGUUGAUAUGCCGCCAAUUUGAUUGUGAAAAAUUUCUAGACAUUUAGUGCAAUUUUCGCUACCUAAUCCCUUUUCUUUUGUUUUAAAGUCACCAGUAUAAAGUAUUAUAGUUUUGCCAUAGUAUUUUAAACUCCCUAAAGAAUAAGAAGGUUUUAUUGCCAACUGUGUUCGUAAACAUUCAAUGUUUUUUAUGUACGUCGACGUUAAACAUACUUACGAAGUGUUAAUGAAAUGACUUGAAUUUGGUUAGUUUAUAUUUGUUAUACUGCAAAGGAAUUUACUGAAAAAGCAACUGAAAAUUUGGAAAAGGAAUGACUAGUCUGAUUGACCCUGUUCCAGCAAGUGAUGAGAAAAAUGCCACAUUAAUAAAUAAAGUAUAUGGGAAAAGACACAGCCAUAAAUGCAGACAUGUUUUAAAAUCGAAAGAGAACAUCCUUAGACACAAAUGCAAUAAAGCGCUGAAGCGGAAGUUGAAAAAAUAUAAAUUGCGACUGGAUGGCAAGGAAGAUCAAGAUAUCUUAGAUGUUUCUGAUAUAUUGGUAAAUUCGUUAACAUUAAAAUCUCCAGGAAGUAAAGAUAAUCAAUUAGAGACUACAAGUUUAGUGAGUGACAGACCCAAAAAUUAUCUUUUUAGAAUGGUAAGAAAUAAACAAAGCAAAAUUGUUAAUGGGAAUAAUGUUGCAACUAUCAGUAGAGACAGUGCCCCUCUCAGUAUCACUAGCAGCCAAGAGAAGAAGCAAACAAAUGCAUUCAAGUUGUUGAUGGAUUCCAGAAACAAGAGCAUAGGCAGUAACUCUCCAGGCAAAGAGAAAAUAGUUGAAGAAGUUAUUAAUGAGGAUAUAAUUGAGAGACAAAAUGCCAAAGCUAAAAGAAUACUGGUUCUCCAAAAAAUGUCAGAAGCUAAGGGUUCUCUUAAAAAACGAGAAAUGGAGGAAUGUCAUGAAAAGUUCAUUGAAGUGCAAAUGAAAAAGAGGGCUGAAAAAUUUAAGAACAUGCUGUUAAACCAGGAACCAAAAUCACAUCAAACAAAGGAAAGAAUAUCUAAAAAGUAUAAAAAGAAAACCAUGUCAAAAGUCAAUAAUAGCAGUGAUACCAUACAAACUACAACAGAAGAGAGACCAAAAAAGAUUAAAUCUCUACAAUUAGUAAAUUUAUUUGAUGACCAUCAAAGUGAUUAUGAAAAAGAAUCAUUAAGAAGUAAUAAAGAAGGUUUGACAAAAGAAGACAAAGAAUUUCUUGAAAAACUUUCACCAUCAAUGAAAAAGAAGGAGAACAUGUUGUGUUACUUUAUGAAAGUUGAAAAAGAGCCUGAACCUUCUGUUAUUGAAGAUGAUAUUGUAAUAAAAGUAAAAUUACCAUCAAGGACUAAUAGAAAAGUUAAAAAUAAAAAGAAACAAAAUACCACCAAUGAAAUAGUAAAAUCUUGUAUUGAAAUUUCAAAACAAAAUGAGACAAAUAAAUCUCCUAUCCUACAAACGGCACCUACUGAGAGACAGAAACGAAAACGUAACUGUGGGGUGCCCAAUCAAGAAGUGACAACAGACACUAUUGACAUUUUAGGAGACACAUCUAACCGGCCAAAACGUUGUACUAAAAAACCUGUAAAAUAUAUAGAUGAUUUUUUAUUCUCUAGUUCUGAUGAAGAAUUGCAUAUCUUUACACCGAAAAAGAAGAAACACACUGAUCAUAGAAAUGUGCUUCAAAUUAUGACACCAAUAAUGGAUACAAAAGUUGAAAACUCAAUAAGUUCCACUAAAAAACCCCAGAAAACUGAAAAAGUUGUUUCCCAAUCAAAGAAGGAUGUAAAAUUAGCUCCUAUUUUUAACACAAAACAGCGCCCUGAUGCAGUGUUAUCUGAAGCUAAACAGAAAUUUCUUCAGAGCGGUGUUCCAGAGCAAUUGAAAAAAAUUAUAGCUCAACAAAAGAACAAUAGUAUAGCAGAAGUUUACUUUCACACUGUUAUUCAUGUUCAACAAAACAAUGGCAUUGCUAACAACAUUUCUAAUAUAAAUAUACCUUUCAUAGACAACAAAAUAGAAGAUAGCAGUCAAAUUUAUGAUGACAGCAGUUUUUUUCAUAAAAUGCUUCAUUUGGAAUCUUGUAAACUACCACAAAACAAAUGGGGAACAAUUACACAUACUGCUGUGAAUGAAAUACUACAGCAUAUAAAACUGGCUCGACCAAAAUUUCCUGUGUUUCGUACUUAUCGUUUAUUACGAGAUAAAAGAAAAGGAGAAUUUCACUGCCCAAAUUACUUAGAUUUGGAUAAGAGUGUUGAAGUUAAUAAUAGUAUAAUAGACCUUGUUAAUGAAAAUCCAGAUCAAUUAAACUGGACUGAUAAAUAUAAAGCUAUGUCAACAAAUCAAAUUAUUGGCAAUUUUGAAACAGUUAAAGAACUUAAAAAAUGGUUAGUUUCUUGGACAGAAACUGCACAAAGAUCGAAAAAUAAAAUCAAUGUUAAUUCAGAUUCUUCAGACUUUUAUAAUUCAGAUACUGAUAGUAGAGAGGGUACAAGAAAUGUAAAUAAUUUGCUUAUAAUUACUGGCCCUACUGGUAGUGGAAAAACAUCAUCUGUAUAUGCAGUGGCAGCUGAUUUAGCUAUGAAAGUAAUUGAAGUUAAUGCAAGUAGUAAAAGAACUGGUAAAGUUAUGUUACAGGAUUUGCAAGAAGCCACACAGUCUCACAAAGUGAAUAGAGGAGCUAAUAAUUUGGAAUUUAUUUCCAAGUCACAGGAAAUUAAUCAAAGACAAACUACAGAAAAAAAUUGUAAACGGGGUAGACCAAAGAAAACUGUCAAAAUGUCGACAAAAAAGCCUAAAGAACCAAAGUCUGACACAGUGAAUGCUCCAUCUGGAAGUCAAGAUAUUACAAGAACUGAUACAUCUCUAAUACUCAUUGAUGAUGCAGAUAUCAUGUUUGAUCAAGAUGAUGGGUUCUGUUCUGCUAUUACACAGUUAGUGCACAGUUCAAAACGUCCUGUUAUUUUAGUUACAUCAUCUUUGUCAUGUCCACAUUUGCAAAGAUUCUUACAAAAUGGAAAAAUUUUGAAAAUGAUGUCAUUGAUGCCUCAAAUGUUGGGAACUUGGUUGGAUAUAAUGUGUUUGGCAGACAGUGGCACUUGCUGCCUAGGAGCAGGAGCUCGAUUUUUAAAUCACUUUAAUGGUGAUGUGAGAAAAACUAUAAAUUGUUUACAAUUUUAUGCAACAAGUCAAACACAAACAGUUAGUGAUGAUAUUUCUUCACAAGUAUUUGAUAAUCCAAAAUUAAUGAUUGAUGAUGAGAAAUCAAAUAUGUCUUGGGUAGAUCAAGACGAUAAUGAAGAAAAGAACAUAAUCAGAAGUGAUACACUGGAAAAGGAAACAGACUAUUUGUGGAACAACUAUGUUCAAUCUCAAAUUAAAUCAAUUGAUUUAAAAUUUCCUUUGGGCGUAGUUAAUACUUGGUGGAAUUUGCCCCAAAUUUUAAGUUUAAAAGAGGACAAAUCUGACAAUGCCAGACUUGAAUCAAUAGGCAAUGUUAUGGAUUGCUUGUCAGUUUCAGAUUAUUAUAGUUCCAUUACACCCGAUGAUAGACUAAAUAUUAUAUCAGAUCCUUGGUAUACUUCUGAAAGCCACAGUGUGUCUGAACAGGAAGAUAUGCAUAAUUACAGUAAGAGUGUGGAAAUAUGUGAUGAAAUUUCAUAUGAGUUAAUUAAUGAUUCCAUUAUAAAUGCACAAAAAGAUUAUAAGAAGAGUAAAAAUAUUGAUGUAGACUUUCCUGGGAUGACAGUGCAAAGAGAAAGAGAUAGAAUUGUCUCACGACAUAAUAACAUGUCCAGCUAUUUGAAUCCAGCAGCAGUUCUGGACAGAAGAGCUUUGGCAUUAGAUUACUGGGCAUCAUGCAGGACUAUAUGCAGAAUAGAGAAGACAAAAUCGGAUAACUAUAGUAAGAGGAAUAAUCGAUUUUGUCACUAUCUCAAAUCUGUAAAUAUUUUAUGUAAAAAUGAAUCAUUCGAUUAUUUAUGCGACAGCUUAUCUUUGGUGAAAACCAAAAAAUAGGACUAGAUUGGUAUAAGCCGCCUUUUCCGAGGUUGGAAUCAUGUUAUGUAGUGAAAGCUAAAUAAAUAACAAUAUAUUUAA